GUGUAAUUUCGAAAGGAAGAAGAAGCAACUAAAGUAUUGCUGGCGUUACUAGAAGACCUAAAUGUAAACAUGGAGCCCGAAAUUAAAAAUAAAAACGGCACGGAUGCAAGUUACACAGAAGAAAGUGUCAGUUUUUCCCAAAUCACCGCUGUAGUUACUGGCUGGACGUUGGACUUCAUGUUUCUAAGUCUUUGUCGGCGUUUCAAGGAAGGCAAACUUGAUGAAUUCAACGAGACGCUGUCGACUUUCGAGUCCAUUUCCCAGAGUCUGUCUCUGAAAGGAGAACUUCAGGAGAAAAUUAGGAUAUGUGCCUUCCUUGCUAGAGUCAUGCAUGGAAAACAGCUGGAUGUCCAGUUUGAAGACGAUGCUUGUGUGAUGCCUCUGAUGUCUGCUGCCAAAGUAUGGUCAAACCUAGAGGACACUGUGGCGGACAAAAGUUUGUUCGAUAAUAUUACCGUCCUUUUGCUUGUGCAGUCUGUGGCUGUGUGCUUGGAGAAAGGCGAACGAUCUUCUGCCUCCUCUGCCCUCAAAUGGUUUCAGAAAAACCAUGUGUUGCCACGGAACGUGGGAGUUAAGCUGUCGACAGUCGUCACAAAGGCGGAAACUUACCACCCGCUCCUCAUGAGUUUGAGCUUCAGCCGCCUGUUGGAGACAGUACAAUCUUACUUGGAUGCCUACUUAGAGAAAAACCCCUCUGACUACCUUCUCAAGGCAGCCACAAAGAUGGUGCAGUCAUCACACAACAUGGAGGGUGUGGAGGACGCUGUGACACAGGACAGCCCUCUGUCAGAAGCAGCCGACGAACCAACACGGGACAGAGAGAAAGAGGAGAACACUGCGUGUUUGAGAACAAAACGGAAACUCCUGUCAACCAGAAUUACUGAUGUAUGGAAACCUGAGACGUGUAAGAAGCCUUUUGUUUGUGUCCGAAGAAUCUCACAGAGGGAGUUAUCUCAGAUGAGAUCUGAAAAGUCAGUGGACACACUGACGAACAAGAAAAAGCAAAAAACAAGAAAACCACCUCAAAAAUGGACAGCCAAGCUGGACAGAUACCUUAAGGAAGGUGUUAAAUGUCAUGGUCCAGGGAAGUGGUCUCGCAUAUUAAUGGACUAUGACUUUGAAGGACGUACUGGCACCAUGCUUAAAGACCGUUGGAGAGUUCUUGCGAGGGCACAUGAAGUCGGCUGAAGAGGAAGAGCAGCUCUUCUUUGUACAAUGUAGCAGAUUACCUGUAAAUUAAGAUGUUGACUUUGCUGUUCUACUAGUUUUACCCUGUCCAGCCUGUAAAUGAAUUGCUGAAAAUGUGAUUGUAUGUUAAUGCUGUGUUAGGUUAUGUUACAGCUGUUUGCAUAAAGAAAAUAUACCACUAGAGGGCACUCAACUGAGCACAAAGGGCCAUUUGUAUUGCCUUCUAUAUGUUUAUGUGAUAGUACACAAAAUAUUUAAGUUUGCCUCUCUAACUUGUACAUUGUUGUAGUUACUCCAGUAAUUUAUCCAUUUUCAGCCCACUGGCUAAAUUGUUCCUUCAUGUUUUGGGUUUGUUGUGCUUUGCUUCUGCUCUUUUUUGCACCAGGAAACUUACCAGCAGAGGGCGCUCAACACAGAGCAAUACAUUGUGCCGUUUACCUAGACAUUUGUGACUGGGAAUGUUUCAUGGUAUGUGUUUGUUUUGUUUUUUUCUGCUUUCUUUAAAAAAAAAAUAUGUAAACAAUUCAAAUGUAAACUUUUUUUCUAAUUUUAAGUUUUUUAAUUUAAAUAUUUUGCCCAGAAAAUUGUUAAAAAUUAAUGCAACAGUAGCUUUUUUCAGUAAAGAAAUGAAAAAUCAAAA